AUGCAGGUCGAGGACGAGAAAAUGAGCACCAAAUUUAUUACGAUUUUUAGCUUCACGAGUGCAUUGACCUUACAUUAUAUCGUCUUACUGAUUUUAUCUGUGGCAGUGUGUAGUUCUGGCUGUUUUCAGGGACCUCCUCUGCCUAACAAACCAUUUAUAACCGUAUGGAACACACCUACAGAUCAAUGUAAACCAAAAUGGAACGUCUCUUUAGAUCUGAGUGCUUUUGACAUCGUGGUGAACGAAGACCAGGAGUGGUGUGGGGAAUACAUCGUUAUAUUCUACAAUACACAACUUGGAUUGUAUCCGUAUUUUGACAGCAAUGGAAAAACUUUCAACGGUGGUUGCGGGCUCAAACCACUCAGGGUCUUUAAAUAACUGAGAAGAAACUGCUGCCCUUGUAAUGAGAUCUGCAAACUGUUAGACUUUCUAGUCUUCUCAGAUUAGGAUGAAAAACCAUAGGUCCAGUUUCACAGCACUUUCACUUAUCUGGUUCUUGUGGGAUGUAAAAGAACCCACACCACUGUUCGAAAAGAGUGAGGGGACAUAGACCGAGGUGGGGUGUCCAACCUUCCUGGACUGGGUGGGUUAUCUGUUAGCAGAGAUCUUAAUAUAGUGAUUCCUCCUUUAGGAGUUGCAAUGGCUACCUGUAAAUAGUGUAACUAUAUGUAUGUACCAACUUUAAGGUACACAAUGGUCUUUUUUCUUUUUAUGUGAUAGCUUGGAAAUCUUACAGCACACUUAUUAAAAGUAGAGCAAGAUGUAGUAAAUAUCACUCCUGAUAAUGAAUUUCAUGGUAUUGGUGUGAUUGACUGGGAAUACUGGAGACCUGUGUUUGACAGAAACUGGGAUAAACUCUCUAUCUAUAGGUCUGUCAGAAUUUUGUUUUGUCUUUAAAUAGUUGAACACUUUGAUUGUUGAGCCUCUAUAUAGGGUAUUUCCGAAGAAAUCGAAGUCUUGACAAUUGCUGUUGAUGGAGCAAAGAUCUUAGGGAUUAAAGCACCGAUCACAUUGCUAUUCGAAUCAAGACUGGUAAAAAAUCUGCCCAAAAAUUGUGCUGCAUGAUCAGAGUUUUUGCUUCGCUUAUUAAAGCUGUUGCAUUCUUGAUUUUCUCUUUUCCAUUGUCGUUGUGGUUGCACUAAGCUCACCUGUAGCAUUACUACACAAAAUUUGUUCUUCAUAUUAUUGAAUAUUUCACCUGAAAAACUGUUAAUUUGAUGGAAAGCACGUGACAAAAUUGGCAUCCGCAGGUACCCAUGUAGGGGCUCAUUAAGGGUAUUCUACCUGUCUAAUAUUAAUCUAAGAUAGACUUGGUUGCGUUUCUCUUCAGUGAAGAAUUUCAAUAAUUGCAAUUUGUCCAAUUCACUUUUGCCAGUUUAUUUUCACAAAAUCAGAGAAGGUCAAGAUUAAUUUGAAUUUUUGGUGUUGGUGAGAUCUUGUUACUGCAGUUGUAGACUGAAGAACACCUAAUUCCAGCUCCUUGCCUGAGACCAACUUACAAACCUUAAGUGAAUAAUUUAUAGAACUUUAUGAAUGAUUGAUUGAUUGAAUGAAUGAUUGAUUGAUCUAUCUAAAAUCAGAAUCAGUCGAUCAAAAUCAAACUCAUUCAUUCCCAUCAAUCAAUUGAUUCGAUAGAAUGAUGUAAUGAAUGAAUGAAAAGAGAGAAAAUUAAUGAUCAAAUUUGUCCUUGUUAAUUCUGAAGUUAAGUAUAAGCAGGCACUUAAGGAACUUAAGUGAUGCAAAAUGACAAAAUUGCUUAUUUUUCAAUUUGUAGGAACAAGUCUAUGGAACUGGUCAAACAGAAACACCCUUUGUGGCCAGAUAGUUUAGUUGAAGGGAUAGCUAGAGUAGAGUUUGAAACAGCAGCCCGAGAAUUCAUGGAAGAAACUUUGCUGCUUGUUCAGAAACUUCGCCCAAAGUCCUUGUGGGGAUUUUAUGGAUUUCCAAAUUGU